AAAAAAACGGUUAUAAUGUGAACCAAAUGAAGCGUACUCUCUCAUCUGCCUCUCUCUCCUCUCUCUCUCCCCCAAUUGAAGCGUACUCGACAUUCUCCAUUGAAGAAGGGGCAUCUGAGCUUUCUCUCAGCACUUUCCUCAACCUCCUUCUCUCUCCUUCUCCAUAACCGCCACUUUCCCUUUCCUUUCUUCUCUCUUUCGAUCUCCUUCUUCUUCUCCAUAACCAAGCACAACCACCCUCGCCGCCGCCGUCAAUGUGAACCAAAUACAACAACAACAACAAACUUGAAUCAAUUAUCGAUUCAAAAAACACAAAUUCGAGCAUCCUGAUGAAUUGUGUCGCGACAGUAUCAGCGAAUGAUAGUGACGAAAAUGUACUUGAUCAAGCAAGAAAGAUGGGGUAAAAUGUUGGAGGAUCUUGAUGCUCUUCCUGGUACGAUUUCUUACAAGCACUGCUCCAACCCUGGUGGAAUGACAAGGCCGAUACUUUUGGUGACUGCUGCUGUAGAUAAGAUUCUUCUCAAGAAGCCGAUUCGCGUUGAUGCAGACCUGAGUCUAGUUGGUGCUGUUACAUGGGUUGGGAGGUCAUCCAUGGAGAUGCAGCUUGAAGUGUUGCAACCACCACAAGAUGGUUCCCAAAUGUCAAAUUCAGUGGCUCUUGUAGCUAAUUUCACAUUUGUUGCGAGGGAUGGUUAGACUGGAAAAUCAUCUCCAAUUAAUCACUUCUCACCAACAACACAAGAAAAAUUGCUGUGGGAGCAAGAAGAAGCAAGGAACAGCAGUAGAAGUGCAGAGAGAAUGCAACAUAACUGGCAGACAGAAGCAGAGACAAGCUAGCAGCAUGCAGCACAGAAACCAGCAGCCUGAACCAGCACACACCAGCCAGAGCCAAAGCAGCCAGAAAUAGAAAGCAGUAGCCAGCAACAGCUAAACACACCCUGCAAAUAGAAACCAGCAACCAGACACAAAGCAAGCAACACAGCCAACAUAAAACAACAGCUUAAACAACAACAAAACACCAGCAGCCUAAACCAGAAGCUACACAGCGACCUGGCUUAAAUCAAAUGGUAUUUCGUUGUGCCCACUGAGCACCUACAAGCAACUCUAAACUCUGGUUUUAAGUUGUAACACAUGUUGAUUUUAAGUUAGAAAAAGCCAAAACUAAAGAUGUUGAAGUGCUGGUUAAUUGUAAUAUUACAGCCUUUUGUAAUGAA